UCCAGGAGAUAUCGAUCCAACAAUAGUGAAAUUGUUCUUAGAAUCUCAAGAGCAGGUGAUGUAAACAAUUCGAAUAAUGAAGAGAAAUCAGAUUCAGAAUUGAUUAUCGUAAUGUCAAAAAGAAACAAAGACAUACUAUUACCUGAAUAA